GCGCAAGCAGCCGCUGACAUCACGCCGAACCUGGCCGUGGCGGCGGCGGCGGCGCCCCCUUCCUUUCCGCAGCCCCUCGGGCUCGGCUGAGGCCCCUCCGCGGUGCCGAGCGGAGGAUGGUGCGAGGAGCCCCGGAGGCUCCCAGCCGCCAGAGCCGCAGCUCCCCGGCACAGCCUGCAGCCACGGGCAGCCGCCCCUGCUGCACUGGGCUCCGUCUGAGGGGCCGAGGCUGAGGUUGGGCGGGCAGCGCGGGCGCCUGGGGUAGGGGGGGACCGGGCCCGGGGCCCCGAGCGGAGACGCCCGCGGCUAUGGGGGCCCUGACCAGCAGGCAGCACGCGGGCGUGGAGGAGGUGGACAUCCCGUCCAAUUCCGUGUACCGCUACCCGCCCAAGUCCGGAAGCUAUUUUGCUAGCCACUUCAUCAUGGGAGGAGAAAAGUUCGACUCAACUCACCCUGAAGGAUAUCUUUUUGGAGAGAACAGUGAUUUGAACUUCCUGGGGAACAGGCCAGUAGCGUUUCCUUACGCAGCCCCACCUCCCCAAGAACCUGUGAAGACACUGAGAAGCCUAAUCAACAUCCGCAAAGAUACCCUAAGGCUAGUAAAGUGCACCGAGGAAGUGAAAACCCCUGGAGAAGAGGUCAGCAAAGCCAAAGUCCACUACAAUGUAGAGUUCACAUUUGACACCGAUGCCCGGGUGGCAAUCACCAUCUAUUAUCAGGCCACGGAAGAGUUCCAGAAUGGCAUAGCCAGCUACAUCCCAAAAGACAGCAGCCUUCAGUCAGAGACUGUGCACUAUAAGCGAGGAGUGUGUCAGCAGUUCUGCCUGCCCUCCCAUACUGUUGACCCAUCUGAGUGGGCUGAAGAGGAGCUGGGUUUUGACCUGGACCGAGAAGUCUACCCAAUGGUUGUCCAUGCUGUAGUGGAUGAAGGCGAUGAGCAUUUUGGACACUGCCAUGUACUGCUCGCCACAUUUGAAAAGCACACAGAUGGCACUUUCUGCGUAAAGCCCCUGAAACAAAAACAGGUGGUGGAUGGGGUCAGUUACCUCCUUCAAGAAAUCUAUGGGAUUGAAAACAAGUACAACACACAGGAUUCUAAGGUGGCUGAGGAUGAAGUAAAUGAUAACAGUGCUGAGUGUGUGGUGUGUCUCUCGGAUGUCCGGGAUACCUUGAUUUUACCCUGCCGUCACCUCUGCCUCUGUAACACCUGUGCAGACACCCUUCGCUACCAAGCCAACAACUGCCCCAUCUGCCGACUGCCAUUUCGAGCUCUGCUUCAGAUCCGGGCCAUGAGGAAGAAAUUGGGCCCCUUGUCCCCAACCAACUUUAACCCCAUCAUCUCUUCCCAAACAUCGGACUCUGAAGAGCACUCGUCCUCAGAGAACAUUCCCUUGGGUUACGAAGUGGUAUCUCUGCUGGAGGCCCUAAAUGGGCCCCUCACUCCAUCCCCAGCUGCUCCCCCGCUUCACGUGCUUGGAGACACCCACUUGUCAGGGAUGUUGCCUUCUUACGGCAGUGACGGACACCUGCCCCCAGGCAGAACGGUCUCCCCUCUCGAUUGCCUCUCUGACUGCAGCAGCCAAGAACUCAAGCUCAAAGACAGUCUCUCCAAGUCUAUCUCCCAGAAUUCAUCCAUGUUGCACAAAGAAGAUGAUGAGCAGUCCUACAGCGAGUCCGAAAUGCACCUCUCCCACAGGCAGGCUCCUCAUCAGCUUGAAGAGGAGUGUGGUGCAACUCCAGAGAGUGAGAACCUCACUUUAUCUUCAUCAGGAGCCAUUGGCCAGUCAUCUUGCACAGGGACCCCACUCUCUUCCACUAUUUCUUCCCCAGAAGACCCUGUCAGCAGCAGCCUGGCGCAAUCUGUCAUGUCUAUAGCCUCCUCGCAAAGCCAGAACUCCCAGAUCAGCACUGACACAGUCUCCUCUAUGUCUGGUUCCUAUAUUGCCCCUGGCACUGAAGAAGAGGGAGAUGCUCUCCCUUCCCCGCUUGCCGCCAGUGGAGCCCCAUCAGAAGAAGGCGAGUUGAUGCCCGGCGAGUCCCCUGAUACUGACUUUGUUGGUGUCCCUGCAGAAGAGCAGGAUGCAGAGGGGAACGAUGUGUUGGAAGAAGAGGAUGGAUCGCCUACACAGGAAGAUGGCCAGAGGACUUGCGCAUUCCUAGGUAUGGAGUGUGACAAUAACAAUGACAUUGACAUCGCAGUCGUGAAAACACUCGACAAUAAGCUGUGCUCUGAGGUCUGCUUACCCGCCGAGGUUCCGGAAUCCUGCCCCAUAAACAUUGAGGAAUAGGCACCUGGCAGGUGGACAACAAUGCUGUCAGUGGCAGGAACAGCCAGUGCUGGCACUCGUCAUCAAGCAGCCUGGAGGACCCUGAGAACGAGCCUUGUGUAAGGGGCUCCAUGGCUGUCUGAAGAGUCCUAGCCCCUGUCACAGGGCCCUUUUUCCAUCCUCACAUUCCAGCGUGUCCCCCACUGGACUGCCGACCUCCUGGGUAUUCCCACUAAGACCUGUGCUGACUUUUUAUAUUUGUGUGUAAAACUGGAUGUGGAGGUCAUUUUACACCUGGCCUGGCCUCUCCUCCUCCCUGGAUCUCCGCUUGGAACAGACUGGAAGUCCCUCUACCUGGAGCUAAAGUCAAGUUGAUGAACUGUGGUUCAUCAUUGCCUUUUCACAGACUUCUGCCCCGUCUCUCCUCUUAGGUAGAACAGCUGACUAUGUGCUGACUGCCUUGCCUCCUUUUCUUCUCCUUAUGGUUACAGCAGAAAGGCUCAGAAAAUUGGCUGCUUCACUUCUCUUCAUCCAUGUUACAUUAUCGGACCUCCAGCACAAUUAAACUACCUUGGCAACUCUCC